AUGGUUUUGCUUCAGCGGCCGUUCUGGCUUCUGGGGGCAGCUGCCCUUCUUUUGUGGGGCUGCUCAGGCUACACCUCCUCGCAUUCCCUACACUAUUUCUACACAGGAGUGUCAGAGCCCAGCCAGGGGCUGCCCCAGUUCAUCACUGCAGGGUACGUGGACGACCAGCUCUUUGUUCAGUAUGACAGCGACACCAGCAGAGUGAUGCCUCGAGUUCCCUGGAUCGAGAAAGCAGUGGUGUUUGACCCCCAGUACUGGGACACAGAGACCCAGGCCUCAAGGGGCAAUCAGCGAACCUUCAGAGAGAAUCUGAUGAUUCUUCAGAAUCGCUAUAACCAAAGUGGAGGGCUACACACCCUACAGUUCAUGUAUGGCUGCGAGCUGAGCAAUGACGGGCGCAAAAGAGGAUAUGUGCUGUAUGGCUAUGAUGGGAGGGACUUCAUCAGCUUUGACCAGGAGAUCCUCACUUGGGUGGCAGCCGAUAUCAGGGCACAACUGACCAAAAGGAAAUGGGAUGCUGAUCUGCAGAUCGCCCAGCGUUGGAAGACCUACCUGGAAGGGACCUGUAUUGAGUGGCUGCAGAAAUACUUGGGCUAUGGGAAUGAAACUCUGCUGAGAAAAGAGUCCCCAACGGCAACAAUCUCACUCAAGGCAAAUGACAACGGCCAGGAAACCCUUUUCUGUCAGGUCUACGGUUUCUACCCCAGGGAGAUUGAUGCUACCUGGAGGAAGGAUGGGGAGGUCUGGGUGGAGAAAACCUUCCGGGGGACUGUCAGUCCCAACUCAGAUGGAACUCAUUACACCUGGCUCAGCAUUGAAAUUGACCCCAGAGAGAAGAACCGCUUCCAGUGCCAUGUGGAACACGACACCCUACUGAAACCCCUGGACUUGACCUUGGAGAAAUCUGCCUCCAUACUCCUAUGGUUCAUUGUGGGAGCCAUGGCCAUGGUUCUGGCUUCUACUGUCCUGCUGGUGUCUGGGAUCGCCUGUUUUAUCAAGAAAUGAAGAGUAGCAACUUACAAAGUAGCAUCAAGCCAGUGAUUCCUUCGUCUCUGAGAUAUUGAAGUUGCUGCAGUGUGAGCAGGGGGCAGAAGGAAUCCACCAAGUCCUGCCUGGAAUUAUUUCUACUGAGAGGGGCUGCUAGCCCUUCACACUCCCUGUUAUGCGGCCUAAUCCUGGUUCUGGUCCAGCACCACCAUUCCGCCGGCAGCUGGCAAAAUGAUCUGGGCUGGAGAUUGGGAAUGUCUCCCUGAUGGGUUUGGAUAAUUAUGUUUUUAUCUGAUUUUUCAGAAGUAUAUAUAUUGAUCAGGAAAGUGCCAUAUAUUUGUAAUUAAAAACCUUUUUAAAAUGGA